AUGGUUUUCCAAAAGACUACUAAAACCUCUGCUUACUCCUCCCGUUACCAGACUCCUUUCAGAAGAAGAGCUGAGGGUAAGACCGACUACUACCAGAGAAAGAGACUCGUCGCUCAACACAAGGCCAAGUACAACUCUCCAAAGUACAGAUUGGUUGUCAGAUUCACCAACAAGGACAUCAUCUGCCAGAUCAUCUCCGCUACCAUCACCGGAGACUUCGUUUUCGCUGCCGCUUACUCCCAUGAGUUGCCACAAUACGGAAUCGAGCACGGUUUGACCAACUGGGCUGCUGCCUACGCUACCGGUUUGCUCGUUGCCAGAAGAGCUUUGCAGAAGCUCGGCCUCGACGAGACCUACAAGGGUGUUGAGGAGGUUGAGGGUGAGUUCGAGCUCACCGAGGCCGUUGAGGAUGCUCCUCGUCCAUUCAAGGUCUACUUGGAUGUUGGUUUGCAAAGAACCACCACCGGUGCUAGAGUCUUUGGUGCUUUGAAGGGUGCUUCUGACGGUGGAUUGUACAUUCCUCACUCUGCCUCGAGAUUCCCAGGUUGGGAUAUCGAAGGUGAGGAGUUGGACGCCGAGUUGUUGAGAAAGUACAUCUUUGCCGGCCACGUUUCCGAAUACAUGGAGGAGUUGGCCGAUGAUGAUGAAGAGAAGUUCAGAACUUUGUUCAAGGGCUACUUGGCUGACGACAUCGAGGCUGAUGCCGUUGAGGACAUCUACAUUGAGGCUCACGAGAAGAUCAGAGCUGACCCAACCUUCAAGCCAACCGAGAAGAAGUACACCAAGGAGCAAUACGCUGCUAACUCCAAGAAGUACAGACAAGUUAAGCUUACCAAGGCUGAGCGUGAUGCCAGAGUUGCUGAGAAGAUUGCUGCUUUCAAGGCUGCCAACUAA